GUUAAAGCUGUCACCGUAUUCCGGAAAACAGAAUUUGGCGGUAAUUCUGCACGUGCAAAGCGUGAAACUGAAUCGGGUAACUAGUCCAGUGAUGAGCAAAGAUGGCUGCAGUACUGCUCUUGCUAUUAUCGCUCGUACUCGAGGUAGAGGGGUGUAUCAACACCCCUCUUCUCUAUGCAUGCAAUGUGAACAGAGAUGACACGACUCUUGACGUUUUUUAUUGCACUAUGAAUGAGGAAUGGUUGGCCCGGGGGGUCAACACGACGUUCACGUUGUGUUGUGGUCCGGCGCCCCCGGAUCAACCAUACAUCAUCAUCACCCAUUGGCAAGCUGGCGACCGUCUCCUGGGGGAAUGCAUACAUUACUUCCCCCACAUCAAGAUCUACCCCCAGGUGGAUUGUGACAUGGUGGAGGGGUUGGUGGAUAAUUGUAUCCAUGAGGAGACCCCCACCACGGUCCAUGAGGAGACCCCCACCACGGUCCAUGAGGAGACCCCCACCAUGGUCCAUGAGGAGACCUCCACCACGGUCCAUGAGGAGACCUCCACCACCGUCCAUGAGGAGACCCCCACCACGGUCCAUGAGGAGACCUCCACCACGGUCCAUGAGGAGACCUCCACCACCGUCCAUGAGGAGACCCCCACCACCGUCCAUGAGGAGACCUCCACCACGGUCCAUGAGGAGACCCCCACCACCGUCCAUGAGGAGACCCCUACCACGGUCCAUGAGGAGACCCUCACCACGGUCCAUGAGGAGACCCCCACCACCGUCCAUGAGGAGACCCCCACCACCGUCCAUGAGGAGACCUCCACCACCGUCCAUGAGGAGACCUCCACCACCGUCCAUGAGGAGACCCCCACCACCGUCCAUGAGGAGACCUCCACCACGGUCCAUGAGGAGACCUCCACCACGACCGCGGUGAAGGUGCUGUUGGUUUUGGCAGUACUACUACCAUUGAUGUUUAUUUUAGUCUUCCUGCUGAUUAGGCGAAGGGCUUACAGGGGUCACAAGCCCUAUAGGAUGAGGGAAGAAGGAGACAUCUUCAGCAUUGAAGAUCAAUCUGAUACAAUCGAAAUGAACAGACUGGACCCCCCUCCCUCUGACCAUUAUGAAGAUUCAGAUGAGACCAUUCCGAAGAUGGUGGAGUCAUCAAUUGAUGUUUCACAGAUUGACUUGCCGCCCUCCUCCUCCUCCUCCUCAACUGACACACACACAGUUGUGGAGGUGGAGCCCAUCUGGCUGAGAAGUGGGAGGAGGAAGCAUUAAGGAGAAGGAAGACGACAAAAGAAUUUGGAUUUUCUGAUUGUGUGCAUGUGUGUGUGUGUGUGUGUGUGUGUGUGUGUGUGAAGGUGAUUUAUGUGUAUACAUAUAUAUAAUAAGCUUUUCUGUGAUGUCUUUUAAUGUGGUAAUUCAUUUUAGGUGGGUGUAUGAGAGUGUAUGUAUGUGAGUGUAUAAGGAUGUGUGGGAGGGUGUGUAUGAAGGUAAGAGUCUGUGCCUUUUAAUUUACACCAAUGAUUUUUAUACCAAUGUUUAAUUAUAUCUUAUUGUGAUUUUUUUUAUACCAAUGUUUAAUUAUCUAUCUAAUUGUGAUUUUUAUACCAAUGUUUAAUUAUAUAUUUUGUUGUGAUUGAUACUUAUUCUAAUUCUCAGGGAGAACAUGUGUGUCCAUUUUAGUUACGUGUACCAAAUAAAUGUUUUGAUUCGUAAUCUAUGUUUUCUUGUUCUUAAUGUUUACUCAACAGUCGAGAUUUGUAUAUGUAGAUUCAUUGAUAUAUUUUACAUACCU